GCUGGUUUCCCAACAGAGAGCUUAUCACCGCCUCAAACAUACGAGACGAUGCAAGGUAAACGCAACUCCCCUGUUCUACAGGAACGAAACGAGACUGGUACUGGCCGAUCAGGACCAAAUUCCCCCACGAAUCAAGGCAAUAUUCCACAUCUUAUGAAUACAAAAGGCACACUGCAAGGUAAUGUAUGCAAUAAGCCUUAUAGUAAAAAUUUUUGGUGGGUAUUUGUAAAUUUAUUGUCGAGAUUUUGACAAUAUUAAAUUCGCGACCUUCGUAUUAUAAACAACAAAUACAGAUUGCAUAAAAAAUGUGUCGUCUUAGAUAUGAUUGAAAUAAAUAUUGGAAGUGUGGGGGCAUGGUAGGAUUUUACAAAGUGGUUGUAUAAUUUUGCAUUUUCGUAUAUUAGAGAAAGAUACAGAUAUUAAGUACAACAUAAGUGUUAUUUUUUAGUUUACACGUAAAUAUUAAUUAAAAGACAAUUCAAUAGGACAAAAUACACAAGCUUAUAUCAUUUUUGUGUUGAGUCAAAUUUAUCCACGAUGACACGUAUGAAGUAUUUAUAUAGCAUUACAUUAUUAACCCCACUAUUUAAUAUUUUUAUUAAAACAAUUAUCAAUUGAAACAAACUGUAAUGUCAUUUAUUUAAAAAUGUUUUCUUAAUUGCUGGAUCUCAUUUCUAUGAAAUUUAUUGAUUCAAGUGAAAUUUAAUGUCACAGUAAUUAAGGUAAUUAUAUCAACAUCAUAUUCAACCAUUAAAUUAACCCAUUAAACUGAAAAAAUCACUCUCAGGUGGAUAGUGCUUUCCAGCUUUGUACAACUGGCACCUGGCAUGUAGACUUGCUUCAAGCCAGUCUCUGUUCUCCCAUUAGAGAGUUUAAGUUCGAAUUCCGAUACCAAUAUCGAUGUCUUCACUUCGUUCUCAUUUUGGUACCGGGAAUUUUAAAGCGUUAAGUUAUCAUGACAGAUAAAGUAUAGAACACAUUAAUCGUCACCGAAAAUGUGCGGUAUACUAAACUGCAGCUGAGCUAAAAUUCUGACUAAAACAUGACUCAGGCGAUGCUAAUAAACAAAUAGUUUACAUGUUUAUCGAAAAAUUAUGAAAUAUCCGAUUUAUAUGAAUUUAAAGAUAAAUUCCCACGACUUCCAAAACAAGGCCGACUUCGGCAGUGGUGACGUCCAAUACACUUGUCCUUGUGUUUCUUGCGAGCAGAGCACAUGCGCAUGACCUGUUGUUAGUAUCGGUAUUGGUAUUGGAAGUCGAACUUAAACUCUCUAUUAUGUUGUACACACCGUAUUGUACACAAGAAUGACGUUUAGACAUAUAACAUCUGUUCCUGAAAGUUGACAAUUCUAUUCUGUAGUUGGCCAUAUGCUAGGAAUACAUAGUGAGAAACAUGUUUUGACUUACUACAAUAUGAUGAUUAUAUUCAGUAUAUGUAUGUAUGCACUUAAAUAGUAAAUUGGUGAGUAAAUGCAAUUCAAAUGUAUUAACAUCUUGAACAAAUUCAAAUGUAUUUAACAUCUUGAACACACUCGUACCCAAUGCAACUAGCUGCAGCAUACUGAUGUACUAGCGUUCAAACAAUGUGAUUGUGUAGUUUCGUUGGAGAAGGUUCAUGCUACGUAGUUAGUUUACUCAAUGGCUUACAAUGGCUUGCGACCUGAUUGGAUUUCUCCAUUUUCGCCCACCAAAGAUUUACGCCAAGAAUAUUACAACUUUAGAAAACCCGCCAAAAGCACAGAAUUUCUUAAACACACACGGUCCGCCAGCCCACAAACCUGCUGCAUUUUAAUUUUUUUACGCCAAAAACUCCUUUGUGUCACGCCAAGUGGCUAUGCUUUCCGCCAAAGAUCUUGAGCUGAUGGGUAUCGGAAUCCAAUCGGGCUCUGCGACGCUGUCUUCUAGAAGGGCCUUCUGACCAUCCCAAAAUCUUGACUAAUAUCAAUAAUGCUGAGAAUUAGCCUCUCUGUGGACAGAACUACUGUCACUGUGGAGACAAACAACCGGUUUGGUGAGGGUACAACUAACUGUAAUGUAGCAAGCAAGUAUGACUGAUUACGUGACAACCAGUAACACAAAACAAAACCGGCAAGCAGCCGGUGAGCCAGCAAGCAGCUGGAGAGAUGACCAAUGACUGCAACUGCAUGACUGAAGGAACCAAUGGCUACAGCAUCAGGAGCCAGUGCAGUCGCUAGCAAAGGUGCAUCACACAUAGUGAUAGUUGAUACCCACCAAUGUUCUGGCCGAUGAAAGCUAAUUUGAUAAGUUAGGCUGAAUACCCAAUAGCCUCCCUUAAUUUAAGCCUGACUCAUCCUAGGUUAAAAUAUCUUCAAUAAUGUUGUAAUACCAACCACAGGGUGCGAUAAUUCAAUAACUCAACAACUUUUACCGUGUACCUGAUCUGGUACAAACUUAAGAGUCAAGACGUACCUAAGACUACUUCCGAGUCAUGCGUUUUUAGACCUAGGUAUAGUUUACUGGUCCAAAAGCAAAAAGUGUAUGGGCAAUUUUGUACAAAUGAAUCUUUAUUAAUUAUGGUAUUUGUACAACAUAAUACAGAACAGUUUUCAAAGCGUCGACGUUGUGACUCGAAUGCCAUCGCUCAUUUACAGUGGAUUUACCGAGGGUGCUAACAGUCUGACCUCAGCUAUACACAGUGUAGUUUUCCUCAUUGGGCCUAAAAAAACUGGUUCCAGUUUCAUAUCGCGAAAAAAUUAGGGUAGGUAGGUCGGAAAUAAUUUUUUUUUAAAUAUUUUUUUCAUGUUUUUUUUUGCUGAGCGAUUUGCAGUAGAGUCCCGACAACAAUAUUAACUAGAGAUGCGUAUUUCCUAUGGACGGAUUUAGGCAAUUUGGUUCAAUAAUUAUUGUGACAACAGACGCCAUUUUGGCACGCUGUGCGAACAGCCCACAACUACCCGGAGAAAAUAGGGUCGUACGGUCAAUCGUGUUGAAAAAAAUAAUAGGGUGGCAGAAAAAAAUAGGGUCGGUCGGGAAACCGGAACCACAGGAUUUUUUUAGGCCUUGGUAUAGCAUUGACAAUUAAGCCCAGGUCACACCACACAACGAUAACGAUACGAUAACUUGUAAACACGCGAUGAUUGGUAAAAAAAUUAUGUUGCUGUCCACACUACAACGAAAACGAUAAAAUUAUCGUUUGACGAUAACGAUUUUAAAAUCGCUCACCCGAGCGAUUUUUUUUCAGUCGGACGAUGACGAUAAUUUUUUUAAUCAAGCGCAUUUUCAUCCCAAAAUAUGUCGGAUGCGUGGAAUUUACAUGUACAGCUAAAGUUCUUCACGGUUUUGAAUACUUUGGCAGGUUUGCUUAGAAGGAAAAGGUUUGUUUAGAAGGAAAAUGUAAGUACGCGAAUAGAUAUUUCCGCGUACGGGCCCGGCCUCGAUAACAUUUUUUCGUGCCUGCGAGCGAAAUUCAAAAUGUGCCUGCAAAAACACAUCUUAUUUAGAUUUUGUGACCUAAAUAUUGUUAAAAUGUCAGUAUUUUAAAAUGUGCCUGCAAAAAUGUAAAAGGUGCCUGUGAGCGGCGCUCGGACGCUCGCGCAUUUUAUCGAUGCCGGCGUACCUACGUGGUACUUGCCUAAAAACAAAGAAGUACCAGACCAUAAAUUUGGCGUACCUCCGGUACGUUGGUACGCGAAUUAUCGCACCCUGUUGACCACAUUAUUUCCCACUGUACAAACAUGAUGUUUACUGUUUUAUUAGGCAAUUUAUGGAAUAUCAGAAUUGCAUAAAUUUUUCUCCAUUAUUGUACCCCAUCUUGAACAGUCUGUGCCAGUGCAGAAGUGACAAUAACGAGUCAGCUGAGGGUUGAGAGAGAUGAAACUAAUUGAAAUCUACAAGCAGAGCUUCAACGUUUUGAGUGAAGGCCCUCUGUCGGGAAGUUAGUAGAGCUACUAACUUCUCAAUGAAGGACCUUUGUCGGGAAGUUAGUAGAACUACUAACUUCUCAAUGAAGGGCCUUUGUCGGGACAUUAGUAGAACUACUGACUCUCAGUGAAGGACCUUCGCUUGUAUUUGUCAUGUAGAACUUGUAUCUAUUUCAAUCUGCAUCAGUCUCGUGCCCAUCUACAUUUUUGAAAUUUGUUAUAAUUUCAGAAAACAUUCUCAUUUCCUCAUGAGGAAAUGCAAAAUUCUAACUAGCACAUUUUACUAUUAUCAGCAGUAGAUUAUAGAAGGUAUUCGGUUGUUCCAUACUCCAGUAGUAUUAAAUUUCGUACCCAAGUUGUUUCAUACCCAAACUCUGGUUGUUUCAUACCCAACUCUGGUUGACUGGUUGUACUAAAAACACAAAUCAAAAUCCAAGUACAAAGUGACGCAACUAUCUAAGUAGGUACAAAUUAAGGAUGAGUACCAAUCGACUAAGCAUGGGUACGAAAUGACCAAGCCUGUGUACAACACACGGUAAGGAUACGAAAAGGCAAGGAGUAUGAAACAAUGCACUGGAUUACCAAUCUUGAAUGACCCAAUAGAUCACCAUGGAAUAGGUUGGGAAGAGACUUGAAUGUUGGGGACCAGUAAAGCAGUGAAGAGUACAGUUUGCUGGCUUCUGUGUAUGAUGCAACUACCUGAAAUAUAGAAUAAAUUUUGAAAAAUUGAAAUAUAGAAAUUUGUUCUAUUUUUCAAGUAGUUGCAUCACACAAAGCCUGUGUACAGACUGUAUUAUGCUGUGAUAGAGUCUGUGAAAAUUUGUGGCAUUGCUUGUCGACCCCAGCUGCGCUACUCAGAUCUGGGUAGUUGAUUCUGAUUGGUCAUAGUUAAACUCAUUAGAUUCUGAAAUAAACAAACAAAUCGCAUCACGCUCUGUAAAAUUGUUGCAUUUUAGUUGUUCAUUUGGGUAUCAUAUUAAUCUGAAAUACAUUAGAAACAUUUUGCAUUGAAAAUUUAGUAGUUUGAAGCAUAGAGAGAAGUAAAAUUUAAAAUGAACAUCAAGUGUCAAGAAAAUAGUUCGAUUUUGAAAAUCAAAGUCCAACAGUCAUUGAUAUUUAAGUCCAGCCAAUCAGAAUCCAUUAAUUUCAGUCGUGACUACAGUAAUCAGAAUCAACUACCCAGAUCUGUGUAGCACAGCUGGCGGUCGACAAGAAAUGCCACAAAUUUUCACAGACUGUAUUACAGCAUAAUACAGUCUGUACACGAGCUACAUCGCACACAGAAGUCAGCAAAACAUAAUUCAAUUGGUCUCUGGAUGGAUAUUGCUUUUAAUCCAGCACUUCCCCCUUAAACAUAAAAUUGUCUGGUGCUAAACAGAGCAAAGAAUUUGGGGCUACUGCAGCUUGAUCUAUGGUAGCUUCUCACCAUGCAUGUUGGUUAAUGGGUUGAAUCAUACUGUAUCGCCAUAGAAUAUAAUAUACAUGCUUAAAUAGAUUGGGAUUAUUCCAAAAUUUGGACAUAAUUAAUAAUAUGAGCAGUCACAGUAAUUGUGUAGUAUAAGUCAAAUGGUUUUGUCCACUGUAGAUCAAUGUCCAACAGUAAGGUACACGGCUAAAAACGCACAGGUUGUUCCAAGCUGAUAUCGACAGGCGUGAACAAUGUUGUGCGGCCAACUAUGAACAAGUUGUCAACCAUGUUGUUCCAAGUUGUUACAGUUGAACAAUGCUGUAACAACAUGUUGACAAUACUGUUCAUAGUGGGCCGCACAGCCUUGUUCACGCCUGUUGAUAUCAACCUGGAACAAGUUGUUGAUUUUCUCAAUUUUUACGCGUGUAACUAGAUAGAGAUACAGUAAUCAGCUGAUCAGCACCCAUGUUUUUUCUUCCACAGGACGAGCAAAUUCUCCAGGUUAUGGUGGGUUGCCCAAUGGUCCUUCAAAUGGCUUACCUGGUCAACCAUCUCCCCAGGCUAACCAACAAUAUAGGCUGAUGAGCUCAGUUCAUUCUAGAUCUGCUAGUUCAACACCACCAUUAUCAUCCAUGGUCAACCAACCCUCUCGACCAGGCUCUGCUCCACCACCAGCCACUGGCCCUCAGUUAUCCAGUCCAAUGUAUCCACCAUCACAUGCCUUUGGUGUUCACUCAUCACCAACAACUCCCAGUGGUCCUAUGCCAACAUCUAACCAGAUUGGUGCACAAAGACAAGUUCAGAGUUAUAUGAGUGGGCAGCAUGCAUCACUCUCAGGACCUCCAAUGCAGCCACCAACUGGAGGUGCUCUUGCACAAAACUUUAAUGCAACCUCAAGAUCAGGACCAAAUCAAUCGGUUAGGCCAUCACCAUGGCAGGCUUCAAUGGCAGGUUAUCGACCUGGUGGAUUGGCUGGACAGCCAACAAGUUUGACAAGACCACAAACUAGUUUGACAGGACCCCCAACCAGUUUGACAGGACCUCCAACCCGUUUGACAGGACCUCCAACUAGUUUUACAGGACCUCCAAGCAGUUUGACAAGACCAACUAAUUUGACUGGCCCCCCAUCUAGUCUGACUGGAGCACCAACAACUUUGAAUCAACCACAAAUAAGACCCCCAUCCACCACCCCCACUGGUCAGAUGAUGGGCUCCACAGGUCAACCAUUGAUGCCUCCAAUGCCUCAAUCUCCUUCUGUUAGUCAAGGUACAGUUUAGACAAUAUAUUAUAUGAUCACAAAGAAAGUGGUUCAUGUAGGUUUCUAUCGGGAAUCAUGAUACUUACCGAAAUAUUUGGCUAUUUGUCCGUGAAUUAAUUUGAUUGGUUCAUUUAAAUGGCCAGCGGAUGGACACAAUAAAACUGGAGGACACAAUAAAACUGGAACCUUACCCGCACAUAACGCCUUCCCUAACAUCCUACCGUAACCUCUGACCACUUGCUCGCACGUCGAUCCACAGAGCUAGCGCGUACAAGGCGGGUGCCUUAACCACUCGGCUGCCGAGGAUUUGCUUGAAAAUAAAUGAAAUUUACUUGAUGUCAUUUUAGCAAACUGACAGAACGAAGAAAUCAACUAAUCAAAUUAAUUCACGGACAAAUAGCCAAAGCUUGUUGGUUUCCGUGACCGGACAAAUAACCACUUCCAAUACAAAAAGCGCGAGGCAAAACAUACUGUAGAUGAUAGGAUGUGAUGAUUGGAGAUGGAAACUCCAUGUUAUCUAGAAAAAAGUAUAGGUCACGUUUAUUCACUGUUAAACAUCGAUCAUAUUUGAUCAUUUCUUCGGGCUGAGAAGAUGGAGUAAAAUAAGUACUAGUAUAUUAACACUUCAAUUGCUGGUCCGACGUCUGUUGAAGUGAGAUACGACAUAUAUUGCAUUAAGUUAUAUUAUUGUAUAUUGUAAUUAUUUCACUAAGGAAAAUAGAUCGUAUCAUCGUAAACUAGCGAAGAAGUUACUUGACAGUUUUGACGUCACUCUUUAAAAUGGGACAAUAAAAAGUUCGCAUCAUGUCGCCUUUAAGACUUAAGACCAAUCUCCAGUAUGUGCUGCUUGAUUUUAUUAGCUCAAUUUAAUAAUCUAGAUCUGAUCAUUCUGUUUUAAUGAUUUACAGCAGGCCCACCUACGCCGUCCAGUCAAGCUGGUGCAAUACCUGGCUCAAAGCGGAGAGUCUAUCCAACUCAG